UGGUAACAACAUCUAUCUUUCCAAGGUUGCAAGAAAAAAUUCAUCACUGGCAGAUCAGUGGCCAAGCAUGUACAGAGACAAGGAACCCCUGUCUAUUCCUCCUGGUCCGGGUGGGGUGAGCUUUUCCAGAGGAAAAGCACGUAGAAUUAUUCAGUGGCUGAAAAGUGACAGACAAGAAUUCAUCCGUGAGAAAAAUGAUAUUGAGAUUAAAUCAGAGCAUGACCUCCGUGAUGGUCGAAUAAGGUUUCCUCUGCCACUAAAUGAGGAAAAGAUAAUUCCUAUUUCUAUCAGGAACACAUCUAAUGAGUCUGUGACUUUGGUCCAGUACAAAUGUUUACGUAGGAUGGGUACCUUUUCUUUCCAUGAUGAGUACAGUGUGUCUGCUUCUAAAACGUUACUGCUAAAUCCAGAUGCUGUGUAUGACAUUCAGGUUCGUGCCUCAAGUGCUUUCUUUGGCUAUUUUCCUGUAACCCUUGUGUUUGAAUUCAUGAAAAGAAAUGGUGAAACCAAAGAGACUUUUUAUAUCGGGAGGUUUAUAUCUGCUGUGUCUAACAGUAAAUUAGCAGAAGAUCUGGCUCCAACUUCCAAAUACGUUCCUUAUCAAAGAAAUCUACUUCAGAAAGUAGAGAGGAUAGAGGUGGAUGGCGUACCACCAAUCGGGUCUUUCAGUUAUGCUUUGGAAAGGGAAGUUCGUAUUGAUGACUUUUCUCCACCUUUGCAUCUGACGUUCAGCAUAAGAGCAGGAAUGUUCUCAAAAGAAAAAAUGCGAACUAAUUCCACACCAACAAUUACACUGCUAAGGAACGUGCUGUUGUCGACUUUGAACUUCAACAAUUAUAAUGAAAAAUUCCACAUGCUACUGCACCUUGAAGAGAUGCAAAUGGACAUCGACAUCCGAAGAUAUGAUCAGAAACGGCAGAUAAUGCAGCAGCAUCCAAAAGACAAACGGAUCCUAAUUCUUGAUGUUCCUGGCGUGGCCGAAAAUAGACCCUCGGUGUUAAAGGGAGACCACCUUUUUGUGAGUUUGUCUGAAGAGCCAGAGACACGGGAGAAAGUUUCUUAUAAAGGUUAUGUGCAUGGUGUUGAAUUAGAGAAAGUCAGACUUGGUUUUUCUCAACAACUUUUAAAUAGAUUUUUACCUGGGACACUCUUUGAUGUUACAUUUACCUUCAACCGCUUGCCACUGAGGAUUCAGCACAGAGCCGUGAAUCUGGCAAAAGAGAGAAUGCUGGAAGAUGCCUUAUUUCCCACACAUUCAGACGGGAAGUGUAUUGAGAAUGUAGACCGGCUAAGUCUGUAUGAUCGAAAUCUUGAAUCAAAUCCCGAGCAGUUCAUGGCUGUUAAGCAGAUUGUAAGUGGCAUAUCCAGACCAGCUCCAUAUCUCAUAUUUGGACCCCCAGGCACUGGAAAAACUGUAACUUUGGUGGAAGCCAUCAAACAGGUGCUGAAGAACAUUCCUGAUUCCCAUGUACUAGCAUGUGCUCCCUCUAACAGCGCUUCAGACCUCCUUUGUCAGCGUUUAAUGAAGCAUGUAGACAAGAAAGAUCUCUACAGAUUAUUAGCCAGCAGUAGAGAUUUUCGUUCUGUGCCAGAGGAUAUUAAGCCUUGUUGUAACUGGAAUAACCAAACAGGAGAAUAUGAGUAUCCUGUUAAAGGAAAGUUGGCACAGUACCGUGUAAUCGUUACAACGCUUGUUACUGCUGGGAGACUUGUAUCUGCAAACUUCCCAUCUGGUCAUUUCACUCAUGUGUUCAUUGAUGAGUCUGGCCAUGCGGUAGAGCCAGAGAGUGUGAUAGCUGUAGCAGGUAUUUUGGAUGUAAUAGAGGGAGGGCAGCUGGUACUUGCUGGUGAUCCAAAACAGCUUGGACCAGUAUUGAGGUCUCCACUGGCGAUUGAACAUGGAUUGGGUAUGUCUUUGCUUGAAAGACUAAUGACCAAAAAUCAUUUGUAUGGAAAAACUGAUGAUGGGGCUUAUAACUCUAAAUUUGUUACCAAACUUCUAUUAAACUACAGAUCCCAUCCCGAUAUCCUAUCUAUUCCAAAUGAACUUUUCUAUGACAAUGAGCUUCAGCCCAGAGCAGAUGAACUGGCCAGAAGUGCAUACUGUAACUGGGAACAGCUGCCAAAGAAGGGAUUUCCCAUCAUUUUCCAUGGUGUGCUGGGGAAAGAUGAACGAGAAGGAAACAGUCCAUCCUUCUUCAAUGUGGCUGAGGUUGAACAGCUGAUGUAUUAUCUCAAAGCUUUGCUAGAGACGCAGAAGAAGAAAGGAAUAGCAAAAAUCUCCCCCAAAGAAAUUGGUAUAAUUUCUCCUUAUAGAAAACAGGUGGAAAAGAUUCGGAAAGCCAUAGACAAGGAAUUCAAAGCUGUUAAUGAAAUCAAAGACUUGAAGGUUGGAUCUGUGGAGGAGUUUCAAGGUCAGGAACGCAAGGUGAUUCUCAUAUCCACCGUACGCAGCAGUAGGGAUUAUGUCAAGUUUGAUGAAGACUUUAGUCUUGGUUUUCUGACAAAUCCUAAGAGGUUUAAUGUAGCCAUAACCAGAGCAAAGGCCCUCUUAAUUCUGGUGGGAAACCCAGUCAUACUUUGCAAAGAUCGUUACUGGUCACGGUUUUUGAAUUUCUGUUCAGAAAAAGGAGGCUGUACUGGAAUCCAAGCUGGUAUCCUUGAAGAUCUUGAUGAAAUCGAGUUUACAGAUCUUUUUAAUAACCUUGCUCUCAAUGAACCACCACCUGAGGAAGCAAGUGGCGAGAGUGCCGUGCAGCAGCAGGCAGAGCCAUCCUGGAGAUAUGAGCACUAACCACUUA